AUGAAUCGUUGGCUGAUUGCUUUGCUAUUAGUGGUCCUCAACAUUGAGAUGUACGAAUGCAAUUGCUAUGAUAACUGGAGCCGCUGCACGCCUCAGACAAAGUUUGCAACGGGCAUACUGUGGAAAGAUUGUCCGGACUACUGCAAGAAAUGCAAGGGUCAACCUAGCGGUCAAUGUGUCCGUGUCACAACAAGUCUGUCAGCGGCGGUUACCAAUGCCACGUAUAAAGUAAAGAGGGCGUGGCCCGGGAGACGUGUAGGAUUAGACGUCGUACUCAGUCCACCAAUAGCAGAAGAGGGUCUGUUCUGGUCCAGUGGGGAAGAAAUCAACGAAUCCACUCGAUAUAGCCACAUGCAAGCUUGGUCUAUGAGCUAUAUGGUAUGA